UGGCAACACUGGCCUCUACUUAACUUUAACAGUACUUCAUCAGUGAUACUGUUAACUUGAUACUAAUUCAAUUACGAAAGAAAGAAAAUAAUGAGCAGUAGUGAAAUUAUGGAUAAUGAAGAAAUAGUACAAUUGCGUAAGCUAAAAAGAGAACUUUUAAAAAAAGCGAUUCAAUUGAAAGACAAAUUAAAGGAUAUAGAAGAUAACAAACACCAACCGUUAAUUAAUUUCAAUAUCACACUACCUUCCGAUAAUGAGGAUCACAAACCAUCAAAACUGCAAUCUAUCAAAUACAAGGCUAAAUUAUGUGAGAUUGCAGGUCAAGUAACGGGAAUAACAUUUAAAGAUGUUAAUAAAAAAUGGUUACGCAACAAUAUUUUUAUUUAUUCAGCUAAAGUGAUAACAAAAACAAUUUCUUUGAAUCUUGAAUUGACAGUUUUCAUGGAUUUGGAUGAAUUUAAGAUUGACAAUAUAAUGUGCUAUUUUACAGACAUCGACGAUUGUUAUAUGCUUGAAAUAUCUCCUUGGUUUGAGAAGAUAACAAGUAUAAAAAACUUUUCUCUUCUUAUGUCUGCACUUUCUGAUUACAAUGAAAAUAACAUUUUUAGAUCUAAGAUUUUGAAUAGUUUAAAAACAAAGAAAUAUGCAAGUAUACGACAAUGUUUUCAAGAAGAUGGAGGUAUAUUAUUGCAUAUACACUCAUCUACAAAUACAAAAGAAAAUUAUGUAAUAUUCCGAUGGACAAUGAAAUUUUUGGAAGUAACAUGGCACAUUGAACAUUUUUUUACAGUAAAACCCACAGAUAGAGGAAUAAAAUUUUCCGAAGAAAAUCGAAUAUUAUUAAAAGAAUUUUGCGAAAUUAAUUUGACAAAGGACAAACUUGUGGGACUAUGGAAUAGAUUGUGCAUUGCCAUUGAUAAUUAUGCUAAAGGCAUAAAUACAUAAAAAAAUUUAUUUCUCCGAAUUUAAUAUUCACAGAGAAUAUCCAAUAUUUUCAUAUGAAUUAACAAUUUCAUCAUUUAUAUAAAAAGAUUAAAAGCACCUGAAUAAUAUCAAUAUCAAUAAAUAAAUAGUUUUAUAUAUAAAUAUAAA